AUGGGUGAAGAGAGCGAUGAUUCCAACAAAUCCAAUCCUAAACUAACCUUAUUACCUCUCAUCGCUCUCAUCUUCUACGAAGUUUCCGGCGGUCCUUUCGGAGUCGAGGAUUCUAUCAGAGCCGGUGCCGGUCCUCUUCUCUCCCUCCUCGGUUUUUUGUUUUUCCCUCUCAUUUGGAGCAUUCCUGAAGCUCUCGUCACCGCCGAACUCGCCACCACUUUCCCUCACAACGGCGGUUAUGUCCUUUGGAUUUCAUCAGCUUUUGGUCCUUUCUGGGGCUUCCAAGAAGGCUUUUGGAAAUGGUUCAGUGGCGUCAUGGAUAAUGCUCUUUACCCUGUUUUGUUCCUCGAUUACUUGAAGCAUUCUUUUCCGGUUUUUAACCUAUUCAUUGCCAGAAUUCCUGCUCUUUUAGGAAUCACUUUUUCACUUACUUUUUUGAAUUAUAGAGGUCUUCACAUUGUUGGUUUCACUGCUGUUUUCUUAACUGUUUUUUCGCUUUCGCCGUUUCUUGUUAUGGCCAUUCUUUCUGUUCCCAAGCUUAGGCCGACGCGAUGGUUUGAUGUGGAUUUUAGCAAAGUGAAUUGGCGUGGUUACUUUAAUAACAUGUUCUGGAAUUUGAAUUAUUGGGAUAAAGCUAGUACUCUUGCUGGAGAGGUUGAAAAUCCGAGUAAAACAUUUCCGAAAGCGCUUCUUGGAGGAAUUGUUUUGGUGGUAUUUUCGUAUUUGAUUCCGCUGCUUGCAGGGACUGGUGCUUUGAGUUCAUCUCCAACUGAAUGGGCGGAUGGUUAUUUUGCUGAAGUGGGGAUGUUGAUUGGUGGAUUUUGGCUUAAACUGUGGAUUCAAGCCGCGGCUGCCAUGUCUAAUCUCGGUUUGUUUGAAGCAGAAAUGAGUAGUGAUGCUUUUCAGCUUUUAGGGAUGAGCAAAAUGGGAUUGCUUCCAGCUGUUUUCGCAUCAAGGUCUAAGUAUGGAACACCUACUGUUAGCAUUUUGUUCUCUGCUACUGGAGUUAUCUUCUUGUCAUGGAUGAGCUUUCAGCAAAUAGUAGAGUUUCUCAAUUUCUUAUAUGCUAUAGGAAUGCUUCUUGAGUUUGCAGCUUUUAUAACAUUGAGAUUGAAGAAACCAAAUCUUUGCAGACCAUACAGAGUUCCGUUGCAAACAUUUUGGGCGGCCAUGCUUUGUUUGCCUCCAGCUUUGUUGCUUAUACUUGUUAUGUGUCUGGCUUCUUUGAGAACGUUAUUUGUGAGUGGAGCAGUAGUAAUCGUCGGAUUUGUAUUGUACCCAAUCAUGAUUCUAGCCAAGGAUAAAAAUUGGUUACUAUUUGAAGCUGAACAACUUUCAUCACCUUCCAAUGGUUGGCAGGAAUGUAUUCCAAUUGUUUCAGAAUUGGUUGAUCAUGAAAACAAGGAUUCUGAGCUUCUUGUGAGUUCACCAUUGCCUAUUGUGGACGAAGAAUUGUCGUUAAUUCAAAGUGAUUCUAACCCAAGCUAG